AUGAAGGUCCUCAGCAAAGAAGAGGAGGCCGAGCACUACAGCGUCGUCGUCAAGGCCGGCCUCAUCGGCGGCACGGCCGGUCUGGCCGUCGGUCUCGGCGGCGUCCUCUUCGCAAGCAAGCGCUACCCGUCCUUCCGCCAGCUCACUCUGCCGUUCCGCUCCUUCCUCGUCACCUCGUCCGCGACCUUUGGCGCCAUCGUCCACGCCGACCGCGAGUCCAUCCGCUACGGCAAGGAAAAGGACCCCAUGUACGGCUACCAGGACGCGACGGCGCGCGCCAUCGCCGAGGCGAAAGCCAACGAGACGGAGAUGCAGAAGCUCAAGGAGUGGGGCCGCGAGAACCGAUACUCCAUCGUCUUUGCGUCGUGGCUCGCGUCCAUGGGUGUCGCGCUCGCGAUCGUCGGCAAGGAUAAGUAUCUCACAGGCGCUCAGAAGCUCGUCCAGGCGCGUGUCUACGCGCAGGCUCUCGCCGUCGUCAUGCUUGUCGUGACGGCCGCCUUUGAGAUGCAGGACGCCAAGACGGGCGCCGGCCGCUGGGAGACGGUAAUGAUUAUCGACCCCGAAGACCCGGAGCACAAGCACCUUAUUGAGAAGAAGAUUCACAAGGAGGAGUAUGAGGGUCAGGACUUGUGGAAGGAUAUGGUUGCUGCCGAGGAGCGCCGUAUUGCUGCCCGCAAGGCUUCCGAGCAGAAGUAA